CUCCCUGCCUGCCUGCCUGUCUCCCUGCCUGCCUGUCUCUCUCCCAGCCGAUGGAGAUGGCAGAAGGAGACGUCCAGUUCCGACCCAGAGUGGGUAAAUCAGCGGCGGCUCCUCUGCUGCCGGAGGUGGAGGCUUAUCUGCAGCUGCUGCUGGUGGUCCACCUGACCAACAUCAAGAGAUACACAGAGGCUCAGAAGGUGUCAGACGACCUGCUGCAGAAGAUCGGCUCUAAGAACCGCAGAGCUCUGGAUCUGGUGGCGGCCAAAUGUUACUACUACCACGCCAGGGUCUACGAGUUCCUGCUGCAGUUUGACUCCAUGCGCAGUUUCCUCCACACGCGUCUGCGUACAGCGACCCUGCGCCACGAUGCAGACGGCCAGGCCGUGCUGCUGAACCUGCUGUUGAGAAACUACCUCCACUUCAACCUGUACGACCAGGCCGAGAAGCUGGUAUCCAAGUCCGUGUUCCCGGAGCUCGCCAACAACAACGAGUGGGCCCGCUACCUCUACUACACAGGUAGGGUUAGCUUAGCACACCCUACUACACAG